AUGCAGUGGUAAAGAAAAGCUAAAGCAACAAAGAGAAAAUAGAAAGGUAUUUCCAUGAAGAGAUCACGAGAAGAAUCUCAAGGUGGCCGCAAUAACAGAUUUGUUGAUGAGGUCCCACGGCUAAACUUGCUUCUAACAACGACUCCAGAACUUAUCAACAAGAUUGAAACUUACCUCAAUGGACACUAUACAUGUCCUCAUCAACAAACAGAGAAGUGUCGUGGUGAGAAACUAAAAGCUAUGAAUUUUCCAAUCUCCAUGAUCAAAAUUGGAACAUGGAACCCCGUUGCAGAAAACCCUGAUGAUAUUGUGGCGAAAUUCUAUUUUGCAAAGAAGAAACUUAUAUGGGAGUUUCUCUUGGGAGAACCAGAAACUAACACUCCGAGGCUGAAGAGUAAGAUCGAGAUUCAAUGGAAUGAUGUCUCAUCUUUUGAAGAGAGUAUUAAUUUACGUGAUGAAACUGGAAUCCUCAAAAUCGAGUUGAGAAAACGUCCAACAUUCUUCAUCGAGACUAAUCCACAGGCAGGGAAACACACUCAAUGGAAACAGUUGGAUCACGAUUUCACCGACAAUCAGGCUUCUACUUGCAGGAGACAUACAAUUCAUUUUCCUCCCGGAGUUCUGCAAAAGAACUUGGAGAAGCUUCUGACUGAUAGCUUCUGGUCCAAACUCUAUAACGUCCCUUUCCCGGUAGAAGAAUCUCUUUUCUUCGAUAUCGGCUUUGAAAAAAACAACUCAUCUCACAUCAUCCACAGCCAGACAGUUGGCUUUCAUGUCAACUAUGGCCUUCAGCAUCAUCACUAUUCUCAAGGAAUUGGUGGCGUGGGAGUGGGAGAAGGAAACUUUAACAUAGCACCGCAGUUCAGAGCUAACGGUGGAUGGCAAAGAAACUCAUAUAGUCAAGCCAAUAGUCUGAAUUAUAACACUGUUAAUGAGUUGCCUCGGAUGCAAGCUAUUAUCACACCAUCGUCUCAGAUGCAAAUGGAUUUCACCGAUUCAAUACAGUAUCGUAAUCAGAUGAACCAAGACGAGAUCCGAAAGAUGCAAAUUAUAAGGGAGAUAGUUCAGAGUCAAGCUUAUGCUGCAGUAGCUGAUACACAAACUAACAAUGUCCCAAUGUAUCCUCCGUGUGGACCGUUUGUAGCAACAUUGAUUGAAGAAGAAGAGAGACAGAACAAGGACCAGACAAAUGUUGAUGGAAACUGUCAGAUCAAAGAAUACCCGAAAAUUCCAUACAUACGCAGGAGCAACUGGGAAGUGCUUCCUGGUAUGGACGACAUAGAAGAAGAUAGUUGCCGCUCUGUAGCUGUUCAGUACAAGAACUACAAGAAUCUUGAUUCCUAAUCUUCAAACUUCUUGUCCAUUCCUACCUUGUUCUUUUACUUGUGUAAGAUAUUAUUUCUUUACUUUUUGUUAUACAUUUUGUGUCUGAUGUGAGUAUUCGAUACAAAUGAGAACAGGUCCUUGCAAGUGAUUCUUGCCUAAGAAUGCUCUAGUUAUUAACAUUUUCCAGGAUAGGAUUUGUGUUGGUGAUAAUAGCUGGAAGCUAAACUAGUCUAACCUUUUUUUUGCUGUUUUAAGACCACAAGAAGGAGAAACUCUCUGGCAACUUGCACAGAACUUUGUGAAGCUUUUCUUGUGCUCAGAUGUAAGUAAAUAAGUAAUAUGACA